AAGAGGACAACACUACACAAUUACCUAGUACCACUACCAUGGUACAACCAACUUCUGAAGGAAAUUCCACUUCACCAUUAACUGGUAGUACAACUAUGGUACAACCAUCCACUGAAGGGGCUACCACUACACCAUUACCUGGUACUACUACCAUGGUAGAACCAUCUACUGAAGGAACUUCCACCACACCAUUACCUAGUACUACCACUACCAUAGUACGGCCAUCUAGUGAAGGAACGUCUACUACACCAUUACCUGGCACUACUACCAUGGUAAGACCAUUCACUGAAAGUACAUCGGGCCAUGGAGGUCAAAUUAUGCCUUCAACAACAAAUACAGAAGAAACCAGACCUCCGCCUGCACAAACGUUCACGCCUUCAGCAACGGUUUCUAAGCAGUCUCCUGUGCAAACGUCAGAAGGAAUCGCACCUACUUCAACUGUCGGCAGUGCUUCAACAAUGACAAGCACGCAUAUUGAAAGCAGCACGGCACAGAGUAAAACAAGCAUUAUUCCACUUUAUUCAACAACGAUGGAAACGUCUACAAGUCAUGUCUCUAAUACAAACACCAUUCUUCCCACUACUAUGAAACCAUCUGACCCAGUUUCUGCAACGGCUUCUAUUCGUCCUACAAAAACUACUUUUAGCAAAGAGACUUUGAAAACAUUUUUCUCKCCAACAGUGACGUUUAGAACGUGCUCGYCAUGUGGGAGCAGGAAUUUUCGAUGUCUUCGCGGAUGUGAUUGCUUUCCAAGAAGUUGGCUCUGCGAUGGAAAUCCUGAUUGUGAUGAUGGCUCUGAUGAGACUGGCUGYCCAACAUCUCAAAGUUCUUCACCACAAGCAUCCACCUCACCAUCCUCACCUCUAUCAUCAACGAUAGCGACAUAUACCACAARAGCGACAGUUUCGCAAACAACAUCAAUGCCUCAGGUAUCACUAUGCGAGGGAAACAAAGUGUUUACUUCAUGUUUGCCUCAUUGCGAAGAAACUUGUCAUUACAUGAACAAAACAUGCAGAAGURAUUCCUUAAAUGUGGGCUGCAWUCAGGGUUGUCGGUGUCCCGAGGGAACUGUAUUCAAUGGGACUCACUGCACAAGGUCKUUUGACUGUAUGUGCUUGCAUAACGGUAGUUUUUACGAGCCUGGAUCAUCUUGGCAAAGUGGGUGCAAAACAUGUUUUUGCUGGAACAAUACWGUGCUAUGCCAGAAUAAAACAUGUCCCGUCACACCUCAAAGAUGUCAAUCUUUGAAGUUAAUUCCUGGCAAGUGCUGUCCUGUKUGUACCAGAGGAAAUGAGACUUCUGGAAGUAAGCYUUGUCCACCAUCUUGUGUCAAGUGCAAGAAUGGGGAAUGUAUAUCCAAGAACUGGGUUUGCGAUGGAGAAAAAGACUGCAAAGAAGGCGAGGAUGAACGRAACUGUACUGCCAAAGCUUGCGCAUUUCCACUGGGAGUAGCACGCUUCAGUUCACGUCUUUCUGCGUCAUCUUAUCUAUCGCCCUUGUAUAAGCCAUCYGAAGGACGCUUAAAUAAUAAGCCAAAUGUUGGUUUGUACGGCGGCAGUUGGUGCAGUAAUCCUUACAAUGAUUCCAGACCUUAUAUCCAAGUUGACCUCGGAUCGCUUGAUACCAUAACCAAAGUCGUGACCCAAGGUCAUCCCGCAUUGCAUUACUGGGUAUCUCAGUACAAGGUAUUAUACAGCGAUAAUGGCGUCAACUGGGAAAAGAUUAUAUUCAACGAUGAGGAACAAGUUUUUAAUGCCAAUAACAUYUCAAAGAAUACCACCAGCAACAAACUYCCAUAUCCAAUAACAACUCGAUACAUCCGAAUCAARCCAAUCAGAUGGAAGAACAUUCCGUGCAUGCGCAUUGAACUUUAUGGCUGCAACUCCACUAAGGCUACGKUACCACCAGUUACAGACCCAACGAAAUAUUGCCCAGAGUUCAGCUGUGACAAUGGUAGAUGUGUACCGUAUCGAUGGGUGUGUGAUGGUGGUGAUGAUUGUGGCGAUAGGUCGGACGAGCGUUGUAACGUAACGUGUACGUCCAGUCAGUUUACGUGCACUAAUGGUAAAUGCAUUGACAGCGGUUUAAUCUGCGAUGGCGAUGACGACUGUGGAGAUCGAUCGGACGAAGCAUCAUGUCAAAACGUCACUUGUGCUGAGUUUACGUGUGGCAAUAGACUUUGCAUACCAUUUAAGUAUCUGUGCGAUGGUUCGCCCGAUUGCAGCAAAGGCGAAGAUGAAGAUCAAAACUGCCCAACUCACGAGCCCAAUGUGACUUCACCUACCUCGUGCCCAGGCUUUCUCUGUAAAGACGGUUCAUGCAUUCCUAAAGAAUACCACUGUGAUCACUAUAAAGACUGUCCAUGGGGCGAAGAUGAACUAAGAUGUCCAUGUAAGAACAUCAGUGAAUGGCAGUGCYCAGAAAGCGGGAAUUGCAUUCGCAAGGAAUACGUGUGUGAUGUUUAUGUCGAUUGUCCAGAUGGUGAAGACGAACAGGACUGUCCUACUACUCAGGGUACCGUUAUACCGACCACCUCUACAGGAAAAGAAACUGUAAUAACCACGGAUACUGCUAGUACACAUAUGUCAUCUCUUACUGGCGAAACAUCACCAAUAACUGGGACAUCAAAAACGACAUUAGCAUCAACAACAACACUACCGGCAGCAGCAACAACGACAGAGAAAACACCAGCAGUAACAACAACAACGACGACGACGACAGAGACAACAACAACACCACAAGCAACAGCAACAACACUACCGCCAGCAGCAACAACGGCAGAGACAACACCAGUAGUAACAACAACAACAACAACGACGAUGACGACAGAAACAACAACAACACCACAAGCAACAACAACACUACCGCCAGCAGCAAAAACGUCAGAAACAACAACGACAGCAGCGGCAACAACAACAACGACACCAGGAGUAACAACAAUAAGAACGACGACGACGACAGAAACAACAACAACACCACAAGCAACAACAACAACAGCACUACCGCCAGCAGCAAAGACAACAACGACAGCAGCGGCAACAACAACGACAGAGACAACAACGACACCAGGAGUAACAACAGCAACGACGACAGAGACAGCAACAGUAACAACACCACCAGCAGUAACAACAACAGCAACACUACCGCCAGCAGCAACAACGACAGAGACAACAACAGCAGCAGCAACAACAACGACAGAGUCAACAACAGCAACGCCAGUAAUAACAACAACUGCAACACCACCGUCAGAAGCAGCAACGACAGAGACAACAACUUCAGCAGCAGCAACAACAACAACACUACCGCCAGCAACAGAAGCAAAAUCAACAACAACAGAGACGACAACCACAGCAACAGCAACAACAACAAUUACUACACCUACAGCACUAACACCAAUAAAAACAGCAGCAUCGAAACUACCACCAUCAACAACAGAAGAGAGACCAACGACACUACCACCAGUAACAACAGCAAGAAAAACACUUCAAACAGCAACAACAACAGAGAGAACAACAACACCACCACCCAAACUACAACAGUAG